GCCCCGCCCGGGCCCUGGGCGCCUGGGGUCCCCGGAGGCGGCCCGAGAGGGCCGCAGCGGGGCUCCACCUAGCGCUCGGAGCUGCAGCAGUAGCCAAAGGAACGCAGCUCAUCAUCACGGAAAAGCCAUCGGUGGCGAAGCUGGUGGCGAAAGCCCUGGGAUUGAAGCAGGUAAAGGGCAGUGGACACUACCAGGGCAAAAAUCUUCUCGUCACCUCUGCGCGGGGACAUUUGGUCACCGUCAAGGCAAACUCCUGGGGAGUUCCCACGUUCCCAGAUUUCUCGCAGCUGGAGCCUUCGGAGUGGCUACCUGGACGAAUGAACGACUCCAACGCGAAAAUCCUUGCGCAGAUCAAGAAAUUGGCGAAGAACGCCGAUGUCCUCAUCAACGCGUGCGAUGCCGGCCGGGAGGGCGAACUCAUUUUCAGGCAUAUCCAGCGGUACCUGAAGCUGACGAAGAAGCCCUUCUUCCG